AGUGGCAGUGGGCUCUAAAGGGGGAAACACACUGACCUGUAUGGAGGAGAGCACACACACAUCUUCUCAGUGAUGGGCUGUACAGGAAGGAGAAUCCUUUGGCUGGCCUGCUUGGUGUCUAUGUUUCUUCAAUAUGAUGCGGUCCGAGUGACUGUGAGGGAGUCCAGUCUGGAGGUUGUUCAGGGAGAUUCUGUCACCCUGCCCUGUUCGUUUUUCACCAUGAUGCCCUUGUUCAGACUGAGUAUUAUCUGGACCCUGACCCCCCUCUCUGACCCAAACUCUCCCAUACAGGUGAUUGUGUAUGAUCAAGGACAGGUGACUGAAAACCCUUCAUUCAUGGGUAGGGUGGGCUUUGCAGGCAUGCCCUGGAGUGCGGAUAUCAUCUUGAAUUACACACGGGUGUCUGACGCUGGAGUCUAUCGCUGUGUGGUCAGCAACCCACCUGAGACUGGAGACCCUGGCAUUGGAGAACUCAGCCUCACUGUUCUGGCACCCCCAUCUCUUCCUAUGUGCCUAUGGGAAGGGGAUACUGAUACUGGGGGCAAUGUAAGGCUGUCCUGUGUGGUGGCCGAGGGCUUUCCCACUCCGCAAGUGAUCUGGGAGAAGUUGGAACCAGACAAGAUGACGUUGCCAGUGAAUAUGGAUGGUGACAUGACAGGCUCUGUGCACAUUGCCAAUGUGUCCACGCAAUCCUCUGGUCUCUACCGCUGCUCAGUGACCAACUCAUUGGGAACCCAGCACUGCUACAUAAACCUGUCUGUGUACACACCUCCAGAUAAUUCACCAGGCAUCCUGCAGGGGGUGCUGUUGAGCCUAUCGAUGGCCCUGCUCCUGCUGGCUCUGAUGGUGCUGGUGCUGUGGCUCCACCGUUCGGCGCAGGAGAGCAAGUGGAGGAACAGCCACGAGGAAGAUGACUGCUAUAAUGAGAUCAAAUACACACCCUCUCUCAUUAAACGCUCUUUUGUCUAAGACGAGUACAGAAAGUGACAUCUGGAUGAGCUCUACACUAAUAUCAACGUAAAGACAAGUUUGUGUCACAAGAGCAACGGAAAGAACAUCAUUUGUGUUUUACCUCAUACACCCACUUCUGGGUCAGUUGUACUGCUUAAUUACAUUACGGUUGCCCCGAAGCCUAUGUGACUGCUGUAAACAAAUCUAUUUUUCUCCUGUGGGAAUCAACAGCAUGUCACAGAUGCGAAUACAUCCUGGAAUACACAGUGGAAUUUGUACAUAACCCAGAAUAAUCUUGUAAAAGCUGGAUUUUAAUGUUUCUAAAGCACUUUUUAGUACAAGCUGUACACAAUUUCAAAAGACAACCACCAUUAAUCUAUACAGGUUUUGAUCAUCCAGUAGAUGUGUUUAUGCUCUGUAAAGGGACGUAUAGUGGAUAUUAUAUUUUCAUUAGCCACAAAUAAUUUUUGUAUUAUAUGAUAUACUACAAUAAAAUCUGGAUCACAUGGCA